CGGAGGCGGCUCGGCCUCGCGAUCUAUACAUUGGAGUCACAAACCUUUGUCAUCCCAGCCCGAUCCACACUUUUGAUAAGAAGAGGCACCCAUCUCACUGACAUUCACGAAAGGGCCCGUGUGUUGUUUCGGGGCAGAUGAGUGCGCUUGUUUACCAAACCUGCCUCGCGAACAGUUCCAUGUUGUCAUCGUUGUGAGCAAAGACCAAACCAGAGACAGACAUUCUAUUUCACCCUGUUGGCUGUCUACUGGAGAAAACACAGGGAACGAGAAAUGGAUCGGAAAGACUUGGAAAAAGAAUCAGCGCCGGAGCUCGCUAAAAAGUCGGCCGAAGCGCCGACGUCUUGCGACGCCAGCUCGGCAUCGGACGAUGACGAGCCCGAGUACGCGCCUAUCCGAAACCCGCCAGCCAGCGCCGGCGCGCCAAGACCGCCGUCGUCCAAGGAGGGCGGCGGCGGCGACCUCAACCGGCCCCUGACGGCGGCCUCGAGCGCGUCCAGGAGGACCGUCUCGCGCGUGCGGUCCAACAACGGCUACGGCUGCGACGACGGCGACGACGACGGCGACGGCAACAGGGGAGCAGAUGGCAACGCUGCAGGUCCUGAUCAUCCGCCCGAGCGGGACCCCUUCGAGGUCUGCUUCGAAAAGGGCGACAGGGACCCACUGUGCCCUCGCAGCAUGGGCAUAGCCAGGAAGUGGAUGAUUGUGCUCAUCACGUCCUGCGGCGCCCUUUGCGUCACCUGCGCAAGCUCCAUCUACACGUCCAGCUACGGCCCCAUGACGGCCGAGUUCGGCUGCUCCAACCUGGUCGCAACCAUCGGGCUCAGCACCUUCGUGCUCGGCAUCGCCAUGGGGCCGGCCUGGUCGCCGCUGAGCGAGUUCUACGGCCGGCGGCCCGUCUACCUGGCCUCGUUCCUGCUCUUCGCCGUCUGGAUCGUGCCGUCGGCCGUGGCGCACAACAUCGAGACCAUGAUCGUGGCCCGCUUCUUCCAGGGCUUCACCGGCAGCGCCUUCCUGUCCGUCUCGGGCGGCACCGUCAGCGACCUCUUCUCCAAGCAGGACAUGUCGCUCCCCAUGGCCGUCUUCACGCUCGCGCCCUUCAUCGGCCCCUGCAUCGGCCCCCUGAUGGGCGGCUUCAUCAACACCUACGUCGACUGGCGUUGGACCCACUGGGUCCUCGUGGCCUGGAGCCUCGUCCUCCUCGCCGCCGUCGCCCUCUUGGUGCCCGAGACCUACCACCCGGUCCUGCUGCGCGACCGCGCCCGCGCCCUGCGCGCCGAGACGGGCGACGGCCGCUGGGUGGCGCCCAUGGAGCGGCGGCGGGCCGGGCAGUCCUCUUCGGUCGCCGGCUCCGUGGCGCGCUCGCUGCUGCGGCCGUUCCAGAUGCUGGCGUCGGAGCCCAUCUGCGUGGCGCUGGACCUGUACUCGGCCAUCCUGCUGGGAAUCCUCUACCUCUUCUUCGGCGCCUUCCCGCUCGUCUUCUCGCGCAACCACGGCUUCGCGCUCUGGCAGACGGGCAUGACCUUCCUCGGCCUGCUCGUGGGCAUGGUGGCCGGCGUCUUUACGGACCCUUACUGGCAGCGCGCCCGCGCCCGCCUUGUCGCCGCGCUCGAGCGCGAGACGGGCGUCGAGGGCGCCAGCGAGCCAGAGUUCCACCUGCCGUGCGUCAUGGCCGGCGGCGUCCUGACGCCCGUCGGGCUCUUCAUGUUCGGCUGGACCACCUUCCCGUGGGUGCACUGGAUCGUGCCGCUCAUUGGCUCUGCCGUGUUUGGUAUAGGCUACAUGCUGGCCUUCAAGGGGAUAUUUACCUACCUGGUCGACGCAUACCCAACAUACUCUGCCAGCGCCAUCGCGGCAAACGUGUUCGUCAGGUGUGCCCUUGCUGCCGCUUUUCCGCUCUUUGGGGUUCAGAUGUAUAAUGCCCUGGGCUACCAAUGGGCGACGUCGGUUCUGGCGUUCCUGACUGUUGCCAUGAUGCCGUUCCCCUUCAUAUUCUUCUACUACGGGAAGAAGAUCCGCGCCAGGAGCCGAUACGCUGCCCAGUGAGGCCUCAAAGUCACGCGGUACAGGCCAACGAGUGUGGACGCAACGAAAAGCCUUGGUAUUGGGGGCCAUCACCUCGAGUGCUGUUAAGCUGUCUGCCCGCCGAUAUCCCCACAGCCAAGCUGAGAUAUAUAGCAGGGACAAAUUUAGGGACUUGCUCCUACAUUCGUGGUCUGUCCACCAACACCACUCGAAGCGAUGCCCGCCAUCCGACGAGCGCGGAUCCACGAGCGCACGUGCAUGGUAGGUAAGAGAACGCGGCCGGCAAGGUCGGACGUCGCCUCUUGGAUGGAUCUGGCGCCCCAGUCACUGAUCAAUCUGGCAGUCCGGCAUGGAGGAUGGAGGGGCGUGUGUUUGCAUCUCGUGGGGGCGUGGGGGAGCCGGCCGGGCAGCCAGCCAAGAGACGCUCGCGCAAUCAAUGGAGCAAUACUGGGCGGUGUAAGUGGCCGAGAUGGCUGGCUGCAGCGAUCGAUGAUGACGAUCGACGUGGGAGUGAGGCAAAGGGCGAUUGAAAGCAGGGUCGCCCAGUCAAGCCUCUCCAGUUCCCAGGACCAGGAAGUCAAAAGAAAGAGAGAGAGAGGGUCAUUCAAGAAGGCCCUACUGGCUGCGUGGUCCGGACCCGCUUGCCUUUCCCCCCUUGAUCCUUGAUCCACGGCCACACAAGCUGGGCGGCCGUGCGUAUGCCGGCUCCCGACGGUCGAUGGCGAGACGGGGUGGCGGCUGGCACCAAACAGCGGAAGUUUCGGAGCGAGCAGGUCCUUCACCACGAAGUUGACGGCUGGGGGGCGCUUUGAGCGGACCACCCAGCCUGGGCCGGGGAGGCGGACGUGUCCUAUAUUUGCACAAGCUUGUGACCCCCUGGGCGGACAAAUGGGAACAGUGACCGUUAUGCCGUGCCUCUCUUUUCUUGACCUUGCCAUUACUGAGGGCCAGAGGUAGUCAUACCUGCCCACCGCCCACUGCCCACUGGGAACGGACGGAGGAACAGCGUUGGGGGAGGACAAGCUAGCGCAGAGAGAUGGCAGCGGUUGGCAGGCCCCCCCAUCCAUCCCGACGUCUCCUCUCUGAUAUUUGGGCUGGAAAGGCGGUCCCGUUUGGCGCCUUCGGCCGAAGACGGGCAGCAACGCAAGCAAUAGAGACGAUCAUCAAGAAGCAGCAUCCAACCAUCUGUCCAUGCCGUGCCUGCCCCCGAACCAGCUCCCCCUGGCCUCGGAGAGCGCUGCCCGUCCCUCCGCUUCCAAACCCUUCUACUUUCUCAAUACUUUGCAAUGCCAUGCCGGCCGGGCGCCCGGCCAGGUACCUGCGUACAUGCCCUCGCGCCCCUUUUCCGCCAAAAGGUAGCAACGGCGACGGGAGCAGCCGCUCAGAAGGGGAGUGGCAAACCGCCACAAAUACUCCCCAAUCGAGCAGAUAUUGACCUUGUUGAUCCCAUCUGCGAGGUGAGAGAUCGCUGGGUCAGGGGCGAGAGAGAUGGAAUGAAGUGAGAUGUGACAGAAAAGACGGGACAAGAUCUGGCACCAAGGACCGAGGGGAAGGGGGAGGCAGUCGGGGGAGGAAGGAAGGGAGGAUGGAUGGAUGGACGGAUGGAUGGAUGGAUGGAGGGGUAGGAAGAUGGAGGUGCGUGCCGUUGGCACACACGCCUCCGGAUGGGUGGCUGCGUGGGCGUCUAGAAUGCAACACACCUUCAAGGUUCUGCCGCCAUCGUCGGGCUCGUGUCGGCGGAGGCCACCGCGGCCUAGCGAGCGUGUUGGAGGAGAAGGCCAAGUAGCAGUCCGAGGAAGCAGGUAGCCGAAAGGCGCCUGCAUGUGCCAAGGAUGAAACAGUGAAAAGAGGGGGCCGAGGGGAGGCAGAUGGGGAGAUGGUGGUGGUAGUGGUGAUGGUGGUGGCGAGGAAUACGGGAGAAGAAAGACGAGGAGAUAUGGACGACCAGGUUGAGUAAGACAGCAAUGUACGCCUUCUUCUUGACAAGCACCAGCCUUGGCGAGCCUCGUGCCAUCCAUGAGGUAUUUACCUUCCUGGGUAGGUAUCGGGUUGAUGAUAGAUACCCUCCACCAUGCCCUCGAGACCAGGCCACCAAGCCUCACAGGUGGACUUGCAAGGCUCUCGAACAACGAACCCGCAUAGUAGCACAGCAUGACGCGCUGCUGCUGCAUCCACUGCUGCUGUCCGCUUCUGCCGUGGUGCAUCGUGAGCUUUAGUUUAGCCACGGUUGAGGGUGUGGAGCAAAGCACAGGCAUUCGGCGCACUCCAGCCUGCCUGCCGCAACCCUGGCAAAGACCAUAUUUGGCCCUCCCCCUCCUCCUCAGCAACACGACGAGGCAGGAAGCAAAGAGAGCCAUAGACAGGAAGGAA